AUGCUACGCCUUCUCCUCGCUACGCUAUUUUUAGCCACCGCUGCGGCGCUGACGUGCUAUAAUGGACAUAAAAUCCUAAACGGCGGCUCGACGGGCGAGACGACGGAGGACUGCGGCUCGGGGGCGUUCUGCUACAAUAUGUCGGCCCAGGUGGCCGUGUUCGUCGACUUGAUGAAGGCUGGGUGCUCGCGGUGGCGCUGUAUGCUCGCACAAGACUCGUGCAUCGGGAUGAAUUUCCAAGGCAUUCCGGUCCACUUCUGCUGCUGCUCCACGGAUCGGUGUAACGUGGGCGCGUAUUCGCAUAUGGCAGGCCACAACUGGAACAACAACAACAACGGCCCGGGCGGAGCCAACUGGAACAACAACAAUAAUGACAACAACAAUGGAGGGAAUUCUGGAAAUUGGAAUGGCAACGGCAAUAAUAAUAAUAAUAAUAACAAUGACAACACUGGAGGACAGGGCGCGAAUUGGGGAACUCGCGAUAGCGACGCCAGCAGCGGGUUCAACUUCAAGGAUAGGUCCGGCGAUGGACAGACCAGGUCGAUGCAAAGAAGCCCUUCUCGCGAGGACGUCGAAAAGGCCUUCAAGAUGCACAUCGACAGCCCGACAGAGGCACCGCGGGGAGGUUUUGGCGGCGAAGAGCCCAUCCAGAAGAUUGACGUGCGCAAGACGACGCCCCGCCCCAUGAGAACCCAAUCUGGCGCCGAGGUCGAGCUGAAAAUC